AUGUCUCGACAACCAACAUUCACGAGUAUAAUUCACUUACGGGAUUUCGUCGAUGCCAUUACUCAUGACCCGACUCGAGAAAAUACUCCAAACUACGUCGAGAUCCAGACAGAUCUCAACAUCUUCGAGGAAGACGGUUUCCAUGAUCCUAAUAUCGCCACCGACCCCAUUCGCACCCGCAUCCAUACUUAUCUAACGCAAGAACAACAAGAACUCUACCUUCCUGGCGCUUUCUUCUACGCCGACGGCCGCUUCUCCACGACUCUACACCCAGGGAAUAUCGCCGACUCCGUCCAGUAUGACCAGCACUUGCCAGAGCAAUGGUGCCCGAUGGUGACCGUCAUCGGCUUCGUGCCGCCCCGUACUGACAACUCGCUUGACCCUUCCGAGCCCCGUCACUUCACAGUCGAAACAUCUGUCUACGACGCAUCCAAGGCAGCCCCAGCUCACUUCUCCGUAGUCUGCUUCUUGGAAGACACUAAGCGUUGGAAGAAAGUCAAAACGCCAGCACCGGGAGCUCUCCUCACCGUCACCGCGAAGAUUGCUGGCCGUACCAGGGACACCAACCUCCUGGCCCUCCGAGUCCUCGACCUGGCUUACUUGCCAAGACCUGCCUCUGCGCCAACACCCACCCCGACCGAUACUCCACCUUCGAAGCGAUCAGACCGCUGGCGUGGCCGGGUGCCAUCCACUCCUUCGAAGAGACCACGCAUAUCGGACCGUGCCAUCGAAGCCGCAAACCCCUCUGAUAGAAAUACAACUCUGCCAGACGCCUCAUCAGGCGCACUGGUUUUCCCGCACUCAAAGCUUACUACAGAACCCAUAUCCGUCCCGACUUCUCCGUCCACCACUGCUGGUCCUGAAGAGUCCUCCUCAACCCCGGGCCUGCCCCUGGCAUCCGACGGCGGAGCUCGGCCACGUCGCAAUCGUCAUCCCCCAAGGAAUGUGUUGACGUAG